AUGGAAGCAUGCGGCCGCAUGAGCCCGACUCUUCCGAAACGGAUGCUCCCGGCCACAGCCGUGCCCGUCACCGGCCAAGACCCCCUGAACACCACGUCCACCUUUCUUGAUUCCGUGGCUGGACAAGGCGGCGGCGCUAUCAGGGCCUGGAAUGCUCCCCGCGUCUCUACCAUUGUCGAGCCCGCCGGCCUGGCCUUUAACGACACCGAGCACCGUCACGCCUCGCCGCUCCGCCUCGCCGACAACAACACCGGCGCGGCCGAGGUCGUCUACAAGCUCGCCAACCUACCCGCCGUUGCUUGCGUACACUCGCACCCAACUCCAUCUGCCACAGCGACAAGUCGCAGUACUCUUCUACGCACUUAUCCACCAAACCGACACGCGUACUCCAGAAUCUCGUCGAGAAAACGUGAAUCAAUGCCAGGGCGACAGCCAAUAAUUGAAGCUAGAACUAUGACUACAUUAAUUAUCCUCGUAUCUCGUACCCCUUAG